AUGGAGGAGGAGCAGCAGCAGCAGCAGCAGCCGCAGCCUGACCCGAGGAGGCCUCGUCCACCCCCGCCUGCUCCCCCGCGGCCGAGGCCACCAGUGCCACCCCCGCAGCCUCCGCAGCCACCACCAGCUCCACCUGCUGGACCCAAGAUGGUGGUUAUCGGUAGUCGGGUUUAUCAGCUAGUCCAUCUAGGAACCUAUGUAAACAAACCGCUGCAUGUUCUGGAAGCGGAUACACAGGCUCCGGACCCAAGAAGCCCUGGCAAUGGCGCUAGGAACUUCACUUCCAUCGUCAGCAGCCCAAUGGUUUCUGCUGGAGCCGCUGCUGCAGAUCCAGAAAAUAAACGCCAGUAUCAGGAAAAGCGUCGUCGUCACGUCGCAGACCAAGCUGACGCCGAGGUCAAACGACCGAGAGUAAAAGACGAGCCACCGCAAGCAACAGAAGCACAUGGAAAGAACAGAGCAGUCCCAUUAAAAGUGCGUGGAAUUACAUGCAAAGAUGUUUUCGUUAAUGGGCGCGAAGGAGUGUUGGUGACAGUUUCUUGGGAGAAGAGAUCUUGUGACUCCAAGCCCGCAUUCAAAACUGAAAGCAAAGAUGCUGUAGUACCGACCAUCGCCGAACUGCAAGAUAAUCAAAAUGCCCAAAGGUCUACUGAGGAAUCAAAUUUGCAGCACACUGCACAGCAUGGCUGUGAGGAUGGAUCCAAGUAG